AUUCAUUAUAUUCAUCAUCUAAUAGGGUUACAUUUGCGAGGGCCAAAGCUUUAGCCAUUCAGUACACGAUUGUUGAUUAUCUAUAUCCUUUAUUUGUUGAUGAUCCAGCCAUGUACUUUUACUCCAAUCAAUUAACUCAAAACUACUUUAUUCCUAAUCAUCCUAUUUAUUUGCAAUCCCAAGAUUCAUUUACUCAUAGCACUCAUUCAUACAAAAAUACUAUUAAUAACGAUAAUAAUGAUAAUACCAAUAACAAUAAUCAUCAGCAUCGCCAGCAUCAUCAUUCUAAUGAAAAUACAGCAACAGCAAAUACUACAAACAUUCCAACGGCAUUAACAGCAACGCCAAUACCAACUACGAUGGCAGCAACCGCUCCUUCGUCAACGGCUGCUACAACGCUUGUGUCUGUAUCCAAUAUUAUGAAUGAACCCUUAAUGAAUUAUCCCAUUUUUUCCAACGAUUAUUAUUUAAAUCAGCAACCAAUCAUUGAAGAGUUACCACCUGCGCCGUCUGUUCCGUCUAUGCUACCUUAUUCCGAUGACGCCCGCUAUUAUGCUUAAUCAAUCGACCAAUAUUAUUUCCAUGUACCAUAUAUAUACACACAUAUAUACGUAUUAAACAUAUCCCUACAUUGAAUAAUUAUUAUUA